GUAAAUGCUCCAAAUCUCGUACGAUCAGCAGGAUGUAUUUUAAUAUAGAACUCGUCCCUCUUCUUCCCAGAACAGUCCAAGGAAUUAUGUGUGUUGAUUUCUGUAAAGGAGUUGUAAAUAGCUGUAUUGCAUUUUCUCUUGGGUUGAUCAUAUUAUUGAUAAACAGAUUAUGGGAACCAUUUGAGCGAGGCUUCUUCUGUGAUGAUGAUAGUAUAAAGUACCCACACCACGACAGUACGAUUCCUUCCCCUGUCCUGUAUGGUGUCGGCUUCUCAUUAAACAUUGUAUCGUUCAUUUUAAUUGAAGCUGCUUUUUUAAGAAACUGUAAAAAUAAGCGAACAAACAAAAAUCAGGAACAGAACGUUUUACAGACUUACUUUUGUGUUGUGUUCAAUGUUCUGUUACCAUUUCUGUAUGGAGCUGCUGUAGUACAGCUGGUGACAGACAUAGCUAAAUACUCGGUCGGAAGACUUCGUCCACAUUUCCUAGCAGUUUGUCAACCAGAUUUAACCAAGUUUAAUUGCACAGAUGGCUAUAUAACAGCUGACGUCUGCACGGGAGACAUUGCACUCAUCAAACAUGCAAGGGUGUCAUUCCCGUCAGGACAUGCAUCUUUCUCCAUGUAUUCUAUGUUAUUUCUUGUGUUUUACUACCAGGCUCGAUUAACAUGGAAUAAUCUAUUACUUCUACGGCCACUACUUCAGUUGAUGGUGUUUUGUCUGGCCUUCUACACAGGACUGUCUCGGAUAUAUGAUUAUAAACAUCAUUGGAGUGAUGUUCUAGCAGGAAACAUCAUCGGUGUCAUUGUAUCACUUAUAACUGUGUUUACACUGACCGACUUAUUUAAAAGAAGAAAAUCCUCUGACGAACAACAAACAGACAACAAUGUAAAGUUAGAAUCAAUCCGGGUCAACAAACCUGUCACCAAAUUAUAAUCAUAAAACCCUCCGACAAACAACAGUCAGAGACUAUGAUUCGACAAAACUGUAACAUAGUUAUAAUCCUCUGACACACAACAGUCAGAGAGUAUGAUUGGACAAACCUGUCACCAAAUUAUAAUCGUCAGACACAAAACAGUCAGAUAGUACAAUUCGACAAACCUGUCACUUAGUUUUAAUCCUCCAGCACACAACAGUCAGAUAGUACAGUUCGACAAACCUGUCACUUAGUUUUUAUUGACACAUAAUAGGCAGCCAGAAAUUUCAAUCUAUAAUCAAUCCACAGAUGUAAUAAUCUUAUCCAAUGUGAUCACAAUUGUUAUUGUUAAAC